AACUUUUAUUUUGGUGUGAAUAAAGUGGAGUAUAUUACAGCCCUUCCCAAAUACGAAAUUCUUACAAUCCACUCUGCAAUAAAGCUCCUCGGGCGCUGUCAAUCAGUUUCCUGCAGCACUUGAAGAACUUAAAUUGAAGCACAAAAACGAUGUUAGCAUUGCGUUGAUUAUUUUAUGAAUGGUGCCAGAGGUUUUAUACAGGGGUCUGAGAAAAUGGGCGGAAGCUUGUUUGUGGUGGGAAUUGUGUAUUUGGCGGCUCUGAGCGGAUGUUCAGAAGGGCUGAAGGUGCCAUUCCGGCCGAAAGAUGUAUUGCCGGUGUUGCCGCGGCAGGUAUCGUGGCCGGUGUUGAAUACUUUUGACAGCGCUGUUGAUUUGCUUCCUAAGUUUGUGGGAGCGGUCGACUCACAAGAAGAAGUCGAAUGGAAGGGCGCCUGCUUUCAUGGCAACGAAGCUCACCUCGAGUUUACUAAGAAAGAAGGAAGCGACUUAGGCGGUGCCGUGGUGCAUUUAAAGACUAGUAAGGCACAUAGCUGGACAUGCAUGGACCUUUAUGUCUUUGCUACCCCUUUUCGAGUGACAUGGGACUUCUAUUUUACUGCUCGGGAGCAUACCUUAACUAUUGAAGAGUGGGAAGGACUGGAAGAACUUGAAUAUGUAAAGAAGAAUGGAAUUUCAAUAUUUCUCAUGCCUUCUGGAAUGCUGGGGACACUAUUAGCUCUGUGGGAUGUCUUGCCUUUAUUCUCAAACACUGGUUGGGGUCAGAAUGCAAAUAUUGCGUUUCUUAAGAAUCACAUGGGAGCAUCAUUUAAGCAUCGCCCUCAACCCUGGAUUGCUAAUAUUAGUACAGAUGACAUUCAUUCUGGAGAUUUCUUGGCCUUGUCAAAGAUUCGUGGUCGUUGGGGAGGCUUUGAGACUCUAGAGAAAUGGGUAACUGGGGCAUAUGCAGGGCAUACUUCAGUUUGCUUGAAGGAUGAGGAGGGAAAGCUUUGGGUUGCAGAAUCUGGGCAUGAAAACGAAAAGGGUGAUGAAAUUAUUGCUGUAGUUCCAUGGGAGGAAUGGUGGGAGCUCCAACUCAAGGAUUCUUCUAAUCCACAUAUUGCCCUUCUUCCUCUUCAUCCUGAUUUACGCGCAAAGUUCAAUGCAACAGCAGCAUGGGAAUAUGCUCGGAACAUGUCAGGACAGCCCUAUGGUUACCAUAACAUGAUCUUCAGCUGGAUUGACACCUUAACGGACAAUUAUCCUCCUCCAUUGGAUGCCCACUUGGUGAUCUCUGUCAUGGCUAUGUGGACUCGACUUCAACCAGAUUAUGCUGCCAACAUGUGGAAUGAAGCACUAAAUAAGCGACUUGGCACCAAGGACCUGGAUCUGAAUGAAAUUGUGAUUGAAAGUGAAAGGCGUGGCAUAUCCUUUGAUCAAUUGCUGACAAUCCCUGAGCGGGAUGAUUGGGUCUAUAGUGACGGGAAGUCAGCUACAUGUGUUGUAUUUAUUCUUGAAUUGUAUAAAGAGGCAGGGCUAUUUGAUGCAAUUGCUAGUUCUAUUCAAGUCACAGAGUUCACGAUACGUGAUGCCUACAUGCUCAAGUUCUUUGAUAGCAACAGGACCCAUCUUCCUAGUUGGUGCAAUGAAAAUGAUGAUGUGAAACUACCUUUCUGCCAGAUCCUAGGAGAGUAUCGCAUGGAAUUGCCAGGAUAUAACACCGUUGAUCCAUAUGCAUUUAUGAAUGAGCAGUGCCCAUCUUUACCACCAACCUAUGACAGGCCCAAAGGCUGUUAAUAUAGACAUUGCAGAUAAAUUGUCCAAGACACUGAAGCAUAACUAUUGGUCCUGGGUCAUGUAAUAUAAUCAUUUGCUAUGUAUUGGUUAAGAAAGCAAUAUUUUUUUCUGCAUCAUAUAGGGUUUACUAUAUCUGUCUUCUAGAAUCUGGGUUGAUGUCUUAUUUUUCAUUUAUGCUACUCUACACAUGAAUCUGUUAUGUUCUUCAUUCUUACCCAAACUCAAACUAUAUGUAACUCUGGAAGAUGCGAAUUGAUGUAUCGUCUGAUCACUAUAUAUGCACAGAUCUUUACAUUGUAAAGAUAAGAAUGUCUAAGUUCCAAAAU